AUGUUUGCGCCACACGCCCCUCUGUCCAGUGGCGGACGCAGCCACUUCAGCUUCGAGAUGGUCGAGAAGCCGGAGCAGGACGUGCAGCAGCUUGCCACCGCGCGAGCGGCAAAUGUGGAGACGCAUGUCCAAAAUACCGUGCAUCAUCCGUCUGCCGUCUUCAAUACAAUUGAUCAGGUCAAGGGUCACGUCGCGCGGAGUGCGCGAGAGAAUGCCACCAAAGCACACGAUCGUCGUGUCCCCACAAAUGAAGCCGCCGCCAAGUCUCCUGUCGCGGUUUAUCAAUUCGCACAUCACCUUCAAGUGCCCGCCACCAGCUACCGUGUAGACCCAGCAUCUGCCUUGAACAGCUUGCAGCAAGCCAGCAGCAACUCCAAAGAUCAACAAAUUUAUCAAUGGUUGCUCGGUUUUCACAGAGAAGAUGAGGUCGUGUUCUCCACGGCCGACCAGGCCAUCCCCGUAGCACUCAACACGAGAAGACAUGGGCAAACCCCCGACGAUCAACGCGUUAGAGACGCGGGGGAAGAGAGUUAUACCUACGACUUGCUUCGUGAAAUCGGCGCGUGGGUUUGA